AGCUCAGAUUCCAACAGACAGCUGGACAACACUGACACUGCAUCAGCAAAACACAGAUCCACAAUGAAGGCCUUGUUCGUCCUGCUCCUGUUGCUGCCUCUCUGCAUGGCGGAUUAUUCCAUCGAUUGCUAUGGGGAGGAUUUCCUGAUGGUGAGGAACAUGGUCCUGCACUGCAAAAGUAAAGUUCCUCAGGCCUGCUACACCAGAGUGACUGGAGAGAAGGGCUGCGUCAGCAUGAACUUCUGUCAAAGGAAAGGCUGGAAUUGCUGUUAUGAAAGCAAGUGCAAUGCUUGAUCUUCACACUCAGCCAGCUUCCUUCAUCAUCAUCAUGUUCCAACACCACUGCAACAACGUUGCAAAAUUGACAAUCAGACUGUGAUUUCAUGUUCUUAAUGUAGAUAUCGUCUUGUUCAUGUGCAUGCUCAUAAUAUAGUGAAGAAAUAAUAUUAGUCAUCCAGAAAUCAACAAAUAAAUCAAGGUUUAUCAGUACAGCAGAGAACAGGCCGUUUUUCUGAGUCAGGAAGAAAUGCACACAACAUAACCUCUCUCUCGAACACAGACUGAAGAGCAAACAUCAUUCAAGGUCUGCUGCUUGUUUACUCGUCCAAACUUCAGAGGUUACAGGGGCAGCAAGCUCUUUUUUUUAAUGUGUGUUUUAUUUUUAUUUUUUUGCUGACUCACACGACUGAGGGAUCAAGGUUUUGCUGGAAUGACUCGGACUCUGUUGCCCCCUGUUGGUGGAUGUUGCAUCUACACCAUUCAGAAAAAAGCAUCUUUCGAAAUUAACUGUGUUUUAUACUCAUAUUAUGAAUAUUUUAAUAAAUAAUCACAAUAAGUAAGUAUACUAGCAUGGGGUUGGUUCGGUUAAGCACUAGUAGAAAUGGUUGGGAGUAACGUAAAAAGGCAUAUGUUAUAAUUAUUGCAAUGCACAUGAUAUUCUUUCUAGCAAUGUAACCCAAAAUGUUUUUAUGGUACACAACCAAACAGUAAUGCCUAUUUUUGAAUAAACAGUGAACUUUACCAAUGGU